UCGCGGCGUCUCUCCGCUCGAGCUCCGCAUCACACUCUGAAAUCGAAGCUCGCGAGGUCGUUGAAGGGCUCCUUUCGUUGGCAUUGGGAGGACAUACCUGUGCAUCUGAGACCUGUGGCUGGCUGACGUGGAGUAGCCCCAUCUGUCACAGACAGGGCAAUUAAAAACCCCUGAUGAGGGUGGGUAGAGAAGAAUACGAAACAAAUCUAUCCCUAUGUUCUUCCUAAGGUCUCAGGAGGAGAGUCCCUGUGGACCAAGCUGCUGCUCACGUCAGACUGUACAGUAAUUGCCUCCAUCUACCAGGAGACCACAAGGAGACACUACAAGGAAAUACAAUACAGGAAGUACACCUGAUUAUUCUUAUUCAGAUGGUACCAGAGCCAGAAGAAAUGAGAGAAGUCUUUUAACAAAAACUUCACUUCAGACCACUUUUAACUUUACCUACGAGACAUUCUUUCCUUUUUACCGAAAGGGAUUUGUAGUAGGAUCGGAGUUUGGUCUGCCGCUAUGUCCCCGUCUGCGGGCUAUUUCAGGGAGCGGAUUGCCUGUUCCCGCGGUGGCCUGUGUCCGCUACUGGUCCUUGCCUGCUGCUUCUUGGCGGAACUGGCAGCCAAGCCUCGGGCACCGGGCCAUGUGCACCUCAACUCUAUCCGCAUCGAUGGGGACAUCUCCCUGGGUGGCCUUUUCCCGGUGCAUGCACGUGGAAAUGAUGGCAAGGCAUGCGGCGAGCUUAAGAAGGAGAAGGGCAUCCACCGUUUGGAAGCCAUGCUUUUUGCCCUGGACCGCAUCAACAAUGACCCCGAUCUGCUGCCUAACAUCACGCUGGGGGCACGCAUCCUCGACACAUGCUCGCGUGACACACAUGCUCUGGAGCAGUCACUCACCUUUGUGCAGGCACUCAUCGAGAAGGAUGGCUCUGAUGUUAAGUGCCUGGGAGGUGGGCCACCCAUCAUCACCAAGCCAGAGAGGGUGGUUGGUGUUAUUGGGGCCUCUGCCAGCUCUGUCUCCAUUAUGGUGGCCAACAUCUUGCGCCUCUUCAAGAUCCCACAGGUGAGCUAUGCGUCCACAGCACCGGAGCUGAGCGACAACACCCGCUAUGACUUUUUUUCUCGUGUGGUACCACCUGACACCUACCAGGCGCAAGCCAUGGUAGACAUUGUGAAAGCCAUGCGCUGGAAUUACGUCUCCACGGUAGCUUCCGAGGGCAACUACGGAGAGAGCGGUGUGGAUGCCUUCAUCCAGAAGUCCCGUGAGGAUGGAAGCGUGUGCAUCGCCCAGUCGGUGAAGAUCCCUAGGGAGCCUAAGGCCGGGGAGUUUGACAAGAUCAUUCGCCGCCUGAAGGAGAACCCCAACGCCCGGGUAGUGAUCAUCUUUGCCAAUGAGGAUGACAUCAGGCGGCUUCUGCAGGCGGGCAAGAAGGCCAACCAGACGGGCCAUUUCCUGUGGGUGGGGUCAGACAGCUGGGGAUCAAAAAUCUCUCCAGUGCUGCAUCAAGAAGAGAUGGCAGAGGGAGCCGUCACCAUUCUGCCCAAACGGAUGAAUGUCAAAGGGUUCGACCGCUACUUCAUCAGCCGCACACUGGACAACAACCGAAGGAACAUCUGGUUUGCGGAGUUCUGGGAAGACAACUUCCACUGCAAGCUCAGUCGACAUGCCCUCAAGAAAGGCUCCGGAAUCAAGAAAUGUACAAACCAUGAGCGGAUCGGGAAGGACUCUUCCUAUGAGCAAGAAGGAAAGGUGCAGUUUGUGAUUGAUGCUGUCUAUGCCAUGGCGCAUGCCCUGCAUAGCAUGCACAAGGAUCUCUGCCCAGGCAGAGUUGGCCUCUGCUCCAGGAUGGACCCCAUCAAUGGCACCGUGCUGCUCCACUACAUCCGCAACGUCAGCUUCUCAGGUAUUACUGGCAAUCCUGUGCUCUUCAAUGCCAAUGGGGAUGCCCCUGGUCGUUAUGAAAUCUAUCAGUACCAAAUCCGAAACAAAACUGCAGAGUACAAGAUCAUCGGCCACUGGGCAGAUCAGCUUUAUCUUGACAUCCAGGCCAUGAGGUGGCCUAGAGGAGCCCGCCAGGCCCCUGCUUCCAUCUGUAGCCAGCCAUGCCGGCCGGGUGAGCGCAAGAAGACGGUGAAGGGCAUCCCGUGCUGCUGGCACUGUGAGCGCUGCGAUGGUUACCAAUACCAGGCUGACACUUACACCUGCAAGAUGUGCCGCUUUGACCUGCGGCCCAAUGAGAACCACACAGGCUGCCAGCCCAUUCCCAUCGUCAAGCUGGAGUGGAGCUCACCAUGGGCCAUCGUGCCCGUUUUCAUUGCUGUCCUGGGUAUCAUGGCCACCCUGUUCGUGGUGGUCACCUUCGUCCGCUACAAUGACACACCCAUUGUUAAGGCCUCUGGAAGGGAGCUUAGCUAUGUGCUUCUGACAGGCAUCUUCUUGUGUUAUGCCACAACCUUCUUGAUGAUCUCUGAACCUAGUGUUGGUGUCUGCUCCCUGCGUCGUAUCUUUUUGGGCCUGGGAAUGAGCAUCAGCUACGCAGCCCUGCUCACCAAGACCAACCGCAUCUACCGAAUCUUCGAGCAGGGCAAACGAUCAGUGAGCGCACCACGUUUCAUCAGCCCCGCUUCUCAGCUAGUCAUCGCCUUUAGCCUCAUCUCUGUGCAGUUGCUGGGCGUGUGUAUCUGGUUUGGUGUGGACCCCUCACAGGCCAUCAUUGACUAUGAGGACCAGCGAACAGCUAACCCUGCCCUGGCUCGCGGUGUGCUCAAGUGUGACAUCUCAGACCUGUCACUCAUAUGCCUGCUAGGCUACAGCAUGCUGCUCAUGGUCACCUGCACCGUCUAUGCCAUCAAGACGCGCGGUGUGCCGGAGACCUUCAACGAGGCUAAGCCCAUUGGGUUCACCAUGUAUACUACCUGCAUCGUCUGGCUUGCGUUCAUCCCCAUCUUUUUUGGGACUUCACAAUCUACAGAAAAGAUGUACAUUCAGACGACUACGCUGACCAUCUCGGUGAGCCUCAGCGCCUCGGUCUCCCUGGGAAUGCUCUAUGUGCCCAAGGUAUACAUCGUGCUCUUCCGCCCAGAGCAGAAUGUGCCGAAGCGCAAGCGCAGCCUGAAGGCCGUGGUCACGGCUGCCACGAUGUCCAACAAGUUCACUCCGAAGGGUGGCCUGAGGCCCAACGGGGAAGCAAAGUCGGAGCUAUGCGAGAGCCUUGAGACACAAGCUCUGGCCUCCAAGCAAACGUACAUCAGCUACAGCAACCACGCAAUCUAAAAGGAGAACGAGGCCCUCAGACCCCUGAGCUUGGCCUUGUAACAGAGAGAGAACCAAACCGGACCCCCCAUACAGGCAGGCAGAGGGGAGCAGGACCAGACCUGAAGCCAGCCUGAAAACUAUAAAUACCAUUUCAGGACACUAAUUUUUUUUUGGGGGAGGGGACCAGGCAUGGCACAUAGUGACCGUACAGAAGGAGGAAGGUUUCCACUCAGGGGUGGGACACUACAGUAACAUCUCAACAACCUUCAGAGAUAAUGGCCCGUCAUGUUUUUUUGUUUUUUUUUUUUUUGCGGUGAGAGGGGAGGUGGUGGUGGUUAACAGGGGUGGAUGACUUUGGCAUUAUCCAGGUUUUCCUUCUGGAGUUUAUAGCACAGUUUCAAUUUGUGCUCCAAAAAGGGUAUUUUCAGAGAUGACUUCAACCUCUCAGAAGGAAUGAUGUGAGAAAUGCAUUUCUAAAUUGUGUCAUUUUUUUCCCCAUGUGAACAGUGACUACAGCUCCCUUUCCUUUGUUGAGAUGGCAACCAGGGCAGAAAGGAAAUGACGUAAUUCACCUGUGAUUUCACGAGACCCUGCAGCAUACCGAUUUUAAAUUUUGGUUUUUUAACACGCCUUUGCUAAAAUCAGAGGAACAUGUUUUGCUCAAAACUAACCAAAAACAAAGUAAUAAGUAUAUUGAUCCAUACACCAUGUGCAGCAGUUGCCGUGUUUUCAGGAAAAAAAAAUGCUGCUCAUUCGUCUGAAAAAAAA